AUGCUAAUAGCCAUUACAGCCACCGUCCAAAAGAUCGUAACAGAGAUCCUGCCGCCCUCCGCUGGCGUCGCCUUCUCCAAGGAGGCCCGCGACUUGCUCAUCGAGUGCUGCGUCGAGUUCAUCACCCUCAUCUCCUCUGAGGCCAACGAAAUCUCAGAGAAGGAGGCCAAAAAGACCAUCGCCUGCGAUCACAUCACCAAGGCACUUGAACAGCUGGGCUUUGCAGACUACGUCCCCGCCGUGUUAGAGGCGGCCGCCGAGCACAAGGAGGUGCAAAAGGGACGUGAAAAGAAGGCCAACAAGUUCGCCAACAGCCAGAUUCCGCUCGAGGAGCUCGAGAGGAUGCAGAGAGAGGCGUUCGAGGAUGCCGCCAACCGCCACGCUUAG